UCGACGAUAUUAUCCUCCACGUCGGCACGUGACAUGAAAAUUGGCGACGGUUGGAUCUGUAGUCAAAACAUCAAUCAGAGUUCAUUCAUGGAUAGCAGAAAAGUGCUCCUGCGCAACCGCAUCUCAAUCAAACAUGUCGGCCGGUAGCAAACGGAGCGCUACCGAGGCAGGUUUGUCAGAAGUAAAACUUGGGCAGGAGCAGAUUCUGCAUGAUCUCAAAACUAAAAGAGUGAGCCAUCAGACUUCUUCAUCGUUACCAGAAACGCCGGCCAUGAGUUCGCCAAAGGAAAAGAAUGGAGAUGUUCAGCGUGGGAAUCCUGGGAUGCCAACACCUGAUGCAGAGUGGUCAGUCGCAGAAUCGAAGUCGUCAAGAAAAAAGAAGCGGCGGAAGUUGCGCGAAGAUCCAGACAGCAGCCCCAGCAUCAACUUUCUUGACCUGAGGCCUGCCCGUGUACAACUCAAGGCACUGCAAGACCUCGUCCUCUAUGUCACGGCAGACGGUGUAGCACCGACCUGGCUGGCUGUUAAUAACGCCAAACAGAUCGACAAGGUGGUGGUCUUAAUGGUACCAGGUCUAGAUCGUGCAACCCUCGAAAAUCCGAAGCUCUUUGACUAUGGAAUCAGUCAAGACCAGACUGCGGCACAAGAGGAUAUAGAUGGUGCUGCAAAUUCGUAUGCUCAGGGUCAGGCGGAUGCAAUCACGUCAGCCACGAUUCCAACCACGAACACCCCUCACACAGAGGACUCAGAAACUGGUUCGGACACGAUGGCCCGUCAAGAGUCCCUGAGACAACGUCUUCUUGACCACAUCAUCGAAGUCAAGGCGCCAGGCGACUCCUCAACAAACAGAGUCCAUUCUCCACUGCAAGGCAUGCUCAUUGCACCUCUCUCCGAUUCCAGGAAGAAAGACAACUCCCGUGACCAGAAGUCUUUCCAAUCCGAUCGUACACCGAUCUCAACCUUUGUUCACACAGCGGAGGAGCUGCGCGAAGCAGAGUACCCCAUCCACCCAGCAGCCUUUACCAGCCCGGUCGACGCAGAGCUUGAAAAGUCUCGACGCGAAAGCACCUCCCAAUCCGCUUCGGCAGGAUGGGUCGACACCGCUGUCUCAUCGUCCGAGCCCACGGUCACGGGCACCACCCCUGCAUCCCAGUCCCGCGACUCCCUCACCCGAGGCCUGAAACCCUACGCCAUAGACUGCGAGAUGGUCCUGACCACCAAUGACAAGUAUUCCCUUGCCCGUAUAUCUGCGCUCGAUUGGCACGGCAAGACCGUCCUGGACAAAUACGUCAAACCAGACCUUCCAAUCAAGAACUACUUCACCCAAUUCUCGGGCAUCACCCCAAAACACCUUGAAAACGUGACCACAACUCUCGCCGACAUACAACGACACCUCUUGGACCUUUUGGGCUCAGACGCCAUCCUCCUAGGCCACUCCCUCGAAUCCGACCUUAACGCCCUCCAACUGACACACCCUUUCAUCGUGGACACAAGCAUCAUCUACCCACACCCACGAGGCCUGCCUUUGCGCUCAUCCCUCAAAUUCCUUGCGAACAGAUAUCUCAAGCGCGAGAUCCAGAAAGACGGCUUGAACGGCCACGACUCGGUCGAAGAUGCACGUGCGGUUCUCGACCUUGUCAAGCUGAAAUGCGAAAGAGGACCCAGAUGGGGCACCCUGGAUGCCAACGGUGAGAGCAUUUUCCGACGUAUCGCGAGGAGUGUGAGGCCAGACGGAUCGGGUAAGCGCAGAGAGACAGCCAUCGUCGAGUAUGGUACGCCCGAACGAGGCUUCGGCAAGGACGCUACCUACAAAAUCGCCUGUACUACCGACGAAGAGAUCAUAGAGGGUGUGCUUCGUGCGGCGAAUGGAGAUGAAGAUCAAGAACAAGCAUACGACGCAAGCACCACAGCUACGGCUGCAAAGAUCCCGCCUGGCGGCGCCGACUUUAUAUGGGGUCGCCUACGUGAUCUCGAAGCCGUGCGCCGCUGGAAUACACCACCUGCACCUAUCCCGACGGAUACAGAGAUAGCCACCAACGACACUACUGCUGCGACGGCCACACCAGCAGAGCAAUCUGAGGGCGAGCGACUCGCCGAAACGGCCUCUCGCGCGCUCCGCCAACUCUUCAACUUGUUCUCCGCGCUGCCAGAACGCACAUUACUUGUCGCCUACAGCGGCACCAGCGACAUGCGGCCCGCACUGCGCCUGCAGCAAUUGCACGCGCUGUACAAGAAGGAGUUCAAGGUGAAGAAGUGGGAUGAGUUGAGCGUCAAGUGGACGGAUGUUGAAGAGCAGAAGCUCAGAAAGGCCGUGGACAAUGCGAGAAGAGGUGUUGGUUUGCUUGCUGUGCGAUGAUCGGAAGCGCACUUUAGUCGUCACAGUAGCACCAUGGACCUGUCCGAGCGGUGUUGCUCAUAUUUAUAUGGUAAUGAACUGUAAUACUAGCAAUUGCAUGAUUACGAUGUG